UUUGUCACCGGCGCCAUUUUGAUUUGUUUCAGUGAUAAAAUUUUUGGGUGUGCAUGCGUGGAGAAAAGUUUCUUGAUAUUUUGGGAAAUAGUAUCAUAACUGCUAGUGUAUUUAUAGAAUAGUGUGCGCCUGAAAUAGCUGCACCAUGUCAGACCGAAAGCGGUCCCUCAAUGAUCUACGGGUUAUAGAUUUGCGGGCUGAAUUGGAGAAACGUAACCUCGACAAAUCUGGCGUUCGGGGCGUUCUCAUUAACCGUUUGUGCAAGCAUUUAAAAGAGGAGGGUCACGAUCCGGAGACGUACAAGUUCGAAGUGUCGGGCCCCGAGCCCAAGACUCCCUCUAAGCGUCCGCGGCGGUCCGAGAGCACGGUGGAGCCCGAGCAGGACGAGACGCCGGCCAUGGAGGACAUGAUCGUGCAGGACGACGCCGGAGACGAGGACGAGGCCGAGACCACCAAUGAAGAACACGAGAACGGCAACAAAACCGAACCGGAACCGGAAAAAAUGGAAACAGAAGAAAAAGAGAAGCCAAACCGCAAACGCGAGAUCAAAGAACAGGAUGAGGCUUCCGAGCCAAAGAAACCGUGCAUUGAGAAAGAGGAAAAACAAGAGGAAGAUAACAAAGCCAACGAGAACAAUGAAGCAGAAGACAGCAUCAACUUAGACAUUGGUGACGAUGAAUUGCUCAAUGAAGAGACUGAUAGCACCACUAAAGGCAAAAAAGACGAGGAGUCUGCGGAGAGCGGCGCGGCGGCGGCGGCGGGCGGCGGCGCUGCGACCGGCGACCAACACGAAGAUAACUCUGAGGCUCCCGCCACUAGCGACGGAACUGAGGAGGCGAAAGAUAAAGAUGACAAAGAUGACAAAGACAAGGAGGAUGGUGACAAAAAGGACAAGAAGGACGAUGGCAAGGAGGGCGGCGCGCGCAACUUGUGGGUCAGCGGCCUGUCCGGCGACACGCGAGCCAAGGACCUCAAGCAGCUGUGCAGCAAGCAUGGGAAGGUUAUUGGUGCCAAGGUAGUGACAAAUGCCAGGACUCCUGGAUCACGUUGCUAUGGAUAUGUCACAAUGGCCAGUUCGGCUGAUGCUGAAAGCUGUAUCAAGAACCUUCACCGUACAGAGCUGCACGGGCGCAUGAUCUCUGUGGAGAAGGCCAAGUCGGAGUCGGAGUCGGCGUCGCGCCGCGCGCCCGCCCGCCACGAGCGCCGCGGCAGCAAGGAGCGGAAGGACGACAAGGAUGAGGACGGCAAAGAGAACGCGGACAAGUCUGGCGAGUCGAAGGGCAAGAAGGAGGGCGACGCGUCCGGAGAGGAGGGCCGCGCCGCCUCGCACGCGCGCGAUAAGAACGACAAGGACAAGGCGCGCCGCAGCACGCGCAGCCGCGAGCGCCGCCGCUCUCCCAGAGAAGUGCUGUCCUUUUCUAAGAUAUGGAAAGAGCGUGACCUGGCGCGCGCGCGCGAGCGGUCCCGAGCGGCUCGUGAAGAGGAGCGGCGGCGGCGCGCGGCCGAGGAGGCGCUGCGGGAGAGGGAGAGAAGACAGAGACAGGAGAAGCAUAGGCUGGCCAUAGAGAGAGAGAAGCUGAGGGCUGAGCGGGAGAAGAUUGAACGUGAAAAGAACGAGCUGCUCAGACUGGAGAGGGAGAGACAUCGCCUCGAGAGAGAGAAGCUGGAGCUGGAGCGACUGGAGCUGAAGAGGGCACAACUGAGGUUAGAAGAGGAGCGCCGCAAGCGUUCUGGUUACGAAGGAUCAGCGUACCGCAAGGCGCCGGAGCCGCCCGAGCCCGCCUACGAGCGCGACCCCCGCCACAAGAGGCCGCCGCCGCCGCCAAUGUCAUCAAGCCGUCAGUUCGAGGCGCCGCCGCCACCGCGCUUCGAGCUGCCCGCGCCGGCGUACGAGCGGGACAAGCGCGACCGCGAGCGCGCCGACUACAAGCGGGACUACCCGCGACACGUGUCCUCAAACACGCUAAAAUACCCGGCCAACGGCGCAGACGACACUCGGCAGCCGCAGCCGCCGGGAGCUCGUAAGGACGCGGCUCGCUACUCCCCCCGCGAGCGCGCCUACCGCCCCUCGCCGCCCGCCAAGCCCGAGCCGCGCAGCUGGCCCGCCGCCACCCGGUACCCAGACACCGCGCCCGCUAACAAAGGCAGCAGCGGAACAAGCGAAGCGUGGGCGGGCGGCGCCAGCGAGUCCCGCUACGGCAGCAGCGGCGGCGGCGGCGGCGGGUCGUACGAGACGCGGUACCCGCCCGCCUACCAGCCGCCGCCGCCCGGCGCCGCCUACCCGGACAGAUAUGCGCCGGCAAGGGAGUACCGCAAGUACUGAUGCCCGACCACAGCACGAGGAAAGAUUAACUGUUCGAGAAUUAGGAUAAUAUAAUACAUAAGGUACUUAUUACCUACUAAAAUCAGAUACCAUAUCUUAACUGGAUGCCCAACUUGACCAAUUUGUAUUUAGUCUUCUGGGUAGUUUUCUUUAUUAGAUUUUUUGCUGCAAUAUUGUAAUGAUUUGGUGUUAUAAUUUACAUGUUAGGUUAAAACCAUUCCUUCUGUUGUAAGUAAAUGGCAAGACUACGAAUAUUGUAUAAGUUUAUGAAGUUAACAUUUAUGAUAAUGUUUUAAUUUUAAAUGUGUGAAUUACAUUAUGUAUGUUUAGGGCACGCUUUGUGUAAAAUAUUAGGUACAAUUAAAUUUAAGGAAUGGAUACCAAUAAUAAAGCAUUACAUUCUUAA